AAUUUGGUAUAAAAACCAAUAGUGAUUUAGGGAAGUUCUAAUUUAAUCACCAAUCUCUCAAGUAAAACAAUUAAUCAACAAUCAUGAUUAAGUUAACUAUUACCUUUGUUACCCUUUUAAUUGCCUUUUCUCAACCUAUCUCAGCCGAUGGACCCGUUACCGAGCCAAUUCCAUUAUUGAUCUGGGCCUCUUACGAUCCAGCUGAAGACAGUGAAGCAGGUCGGAUUGACGCUGCCAAAUUUUACGCAUUCACUGAAAAGUAUCGACAAAAAUUCCUCAACUUUUACAACGAUAACGAUAUUGUUGGAGCGACUUUGUUUUUAUCCAACAAUGGAGCCGAAUCAGGAACCGAAGGUGUCAUUUGGCCUGCAGUUUUCGCAAAGAUCGCUUUCUUAAAAGCCAUUGGAACCACUGAAGAAAAGCAACAUGGCCUUCCCUCUCUCGUUAUCUGGGCCAUGAGAAACACCGGAGCCGGAACUUCAUUGGAAAGUGUUGAUCGAGUAACUUUGGUUUCCUUUAUUUUAUCAAAGAAAACUGAUUUACUUGAACAUCUUCACGCUGGAGAUGUCGAUGGUUUAAUUAGUUAUCUUGAAGAAACCAAAUCACAAUCGGGAUCAAAGGAUGUUGAUUGGAAAACCGUAAUUAACGAUCUUAAAGAUAAUCGGCAAUUAUUUAAAUAUGCAUGUGGUCUCUUGGGAUUAGACUUAUGUGAUAGUAUUAAGGCUUAAACAAUCAACUGAUCAGUUUGAUGGCCAUUAAUUGUUAUAAUGAACAUUUUCAUUUGCUAACGAAACAAUCAAAUAAAAAACAUUAUUGAUUCAUUUACAUAAAA